UUUUUUUUCUUUCUUUUUUUUUUAUUUGCAAUGAGUUACGGUAGACCACCCAAUGUUGAGUCUUCACCCGGAAAAGCUCCUUUAUUAGGAAGUUUCCCUUUAGAUCAUGAUGGUGAGUGCAAGAUCUCGAUGAAGGAAUAUGUAAAGUGUUUAAAAGCCAACAAGAACAACAAUGGUCUUUGUAGAGAGUUUUCAAAAGCUUAUCUUCAAUGUCGUAUGGACAAUGGUUUGAUGGAUCCCGAGGAUAUGAGUAACCUUGGAUUCGCCGACUUGGAUAAGAAGGAAAAAAGCGACUAGAGAGGUUUAAUCAUAUUUUGCAUUUUUCACCUCAUAAUCCAUAUAUAAGGCAUAAGCAGAUCCUAUAGGCUAAAUAAUAAUAAUAAGAAAAAAAAGAAAAGGUUAAAUACAUACAUAAAAUAAAAAAGGCUUUCUUUCUUUUCUUUUACCUGUCCGAUGACAGCCAGG